AUGAACGCUACUACAGAAGCUAUUAUCGGCGGCGGCUUUCAAGCUAUUCGUCAACAAAUCCAACUAGUUCAUCCUGAACUGAAUUUUUUCGAACAAGUAUGGAUGGCUUACUACAAGUGGUUCGAUAACGAUGUCGUCGCCACUGGCUUAAUGUCUUUUAUUCUUCACGAAGUACUAUACUUUGGUCGCUGUAUCCCUUGGAUGAUUAUCGAUGCUCUCCCCUAUUUCCGUCGCUGGAAAAUUCAACCCAAGAAGGUUCCCUCUCUUGCUGAACAAUGGGAAUGUACUCGCUUGGUUCUUUUGUCUCACUUUACCGUUGAACUUCCUCAAAUUUGGCUUUUUGACCCCAUGUGUGCCAUGUUUGGUCUCUCUACUACUGUUCCCUUCCCUUCCAUUACAAAAAUUGCUUGGCAACUGGCCAUCUUCUUCUUUCUCGAGGACACCUGGCAUUACUGGGCUCAUCGCCUUUUCCACUACGGGAUUUUCUAUCGUAUCAUUCACAAGGUUCACCAUCGCUACAGUGCUCCCUUUGGUCUCUCUGCUGAAUAUGCCCACCCUCUCGAAAUUGUCUUGCUCGGUGCCGGUACUGUCGCUGUCCCUCUCAUGUGGUGUUACUUUACUCAUGACUUGCAUUUGGUCACUAUGUACAUUUGGAUCAUGCUUCGUCUUUUCCAAGCCGUUGACUCUCACUCUGGUUACGACUUCCCCUGGUCUUUGAACAAGCUCAUGCCCAUCUGGGCCGGUGCUGAACACCAUGACUACCACCACAUGGCUUUCAAGGACAACUACUCUAGCUCUUUCCGCUGGUGGGAUUCCGUCCUCCACACCGACAAAAACUUUCAUAACCACAAGGCUCGCAAGAUUGCCAGUGAACGCACUAAAAAAGCCACUUAA